AUGAAGAUAGAUGAGGAUCUUGGUUUCGAUCGGGAAGAUGCAUUCCAGACAGACGAUGAAGAAAACCGAGCUGAAAGGGUAUGUGUUGAUGAUUGCGGGGACGACACAGAAUCUGAUUACGCCCUCGCUUCCCGAAACCCUUCUAGUAAUUGCCUGGAAGUCAACAAUACCACAUGGCCUCAAAGCUACAGGGAAUCAAUGGAUAUGCUCAAAGGCGUUACACCUCCAUCCAUUAAUUUCUUAAGCGGAACUACUGCAACAGGAUUAAUAGGCAGUUCCUCAUUUCGCAAACAUCAAAGUAAUGAUGAUGAGUCCUCCCACAAAAAACCACUCAUUUCUGAAAGAAGUUUUGAUGAAGAAGUGCCUACCUCUACUCUCCUAGCUUCGCAGCAAAGAAUAUUUGCUAACGAAUCAACACCAUCACAGAGGCAGUGUUCAUUUACCCAAUCACUAAUUAAUGGAAUCAAUGUUCUGUGCGGCAUAGGACUCCUUACAACUCCUUAUGCAGUCAAAGAAGGUGGGUGGUUGAGCCUCUCACUACUCAUAAUAUUUGGUAUCAUUGCCUGUUAUACUGGGAUUUUGUUAAAGAGAUGUUUAGAAAGCUCUCCUGGCCUACAAACUUAUCCUGAUAUCGGACAGGCUGCUUUCGGGGUAGCUGGUCGACUAAUGAUAUCUGUAAUCUUGUACGCAGAAUUAUAUGCUGCGUGCGUGGAGUACGUAAUAAUGAUGAGUGAUAACCUGUCAACGAUUUUCCCAAACGCCAGCAUAGAUUUUGCUGGAAUAUAUCUUGACUCUCAUCAAGUAUUUUCAAUCGUAGGAGCUCUGACCGUUCUCCCAACGGUUUGGCUCCGAGACCUUAGUUUGCUGUCAUACCUUUCAGUUGGUGGAGUAGGAGCAUCAAUUUUAGUGGUGCUUUGCUUGUUAUGGGUUGGGGCAGUUGAUCAAGUCGGGUUUCAUGGAAGCGGGACUGCUCUUAACCUUGCAAACCUUCCCAUUUCAGUUGGUAUAUACAGUUUCUGCUACGCUGGUCAUUCCGUUUUGCCAAAUAUAUAUUCUUCCAUGAAAGAGCCCUCACUUUUCCCACUUGUCCUUGUAGCCAGCUUUAUAUUCUGUUGGUUCGCGUGCACAGGGGCAGCAAUCUCUGGCUUUCUGAUAUUUGGUGACUCAGCUGAAUCUCAGUUUACUUUAAACAUGCCCAUAAAAUUUACAGCUUCUAAAAUUGCCGCCUGGACAGUGGUUAUUAUUACAGUAUCAAAGUAUGCCUUGACACUCACUCCCAUUGCAUUGAGUGUAGAAGAACUUGUACCUUCGAUGACACAGUUCAGAUCAUAUGGAGUUUCUAUAAUCAUCAGAACAGCUUUAGUGAUUUCAACUCUAGUUGUUGCAAUGACAGUUCCAUUCUUUGCUUUUGUGAUGGCAUUGGCAGGAUCUUUGCUUGCGAUGCUACUUUGUAUUAUCUUCCCAUGUGCCUGUUACCUCAGCAUACUUCGUGCGAGCUUAACCAAGUUACAAAAAGCAGUCUGCAUUGGCAUUGCUGUUCUAGGAUUGGUGAUUGCUUGUUUUGGCACAUAUUCUGCGAUUUUAAGAAUAGCUGGCCAACUCGAUUGAUCAAAGGGGUCCCAAUUCCGGCAUUUCUAGUUCCGGGUUUGUUUAGAUGAUCGAGAUAUAUCACGAGUAAAUUCCCAUCCAUGGCGACAACCACAUACAGCUCGAUGAGCUUGUAGCAUCAGAUAUGAAUCAGUUAGGUCUUUAAGACAGGAAGUAUGUAUAUUAUUUCAUAUUUAUUGUUCAGAAUCUUUAAUUAAUCAUUCAUGUAUCACCUCAUAAGUAGCAGCUUUGGUUAUUUGGGUCCUUGCCAGGUC